AUGAUCUAUGCGUAUACCGAUAGGUCCGAUACUCUGUUCGUUACUAUGCACAUGAUCAAGUACUUAAAGAUUCAACCUUUUUCUCCAACCACAUUGACCUCUACGUGUGACGAGAGGACUACAUUAGAGAGCUUUAUCAAACCUCCAUCGAGUGUUUGGCACUCCAUGAAUGACAGCGAGCUUCUUUGGCGUGCAUCGAUGGAGCCACGGAGAUAUUACUAUCCGUUCAGAAGAGUUCCUAAAAUGGCGUUCAUGUUCCUCACCAAAGGCCCUUUACCAUUUGCUCCACUUUGGGAAAGGUUUUUCAAAGGGCAUGAGGGACUUUACUCAAUCUACGUUCACGCGUUGCCAAGUUACAAAUCGAAUUUCCCAAGCUCUUCUGUGUUUUACAGAAGACAGAUCCCAAGUCAGCCUGUGGCAUGGGGAGAGAUGAGUAUGUGUGAAGCUGAGAGAAGGCUUUUGGCUAACGCGUUGCUCGAUAUCUCCAACGAAUGGUUUGUUCUGCUCUCUGAAGCAUGCAUUCCUCUCCGCGGUUUCGAUUUCAUCUACAACUACGUUUCAAGAUCAAAAUAUAGUUUCAUGGGCUCUGCUGAUGAGGACGGGCCUUACGGUAGAGGCAGAUACAGCUACGCAAUGGGACCAGAGAUCCACCUAAGCCAGUGGAGGAAAGGGUCUCAGUGGUUUGAAAUCAACAGAAAACUCGCUCUUGACAUUGUUGAAGACAUGAUUUACUAUCGCAAAUUCAAAGAGUUUUGUAGACCUCCUUGCUAUGUGGAUGAACAUUACUUCCCAACAAUGCUCUCUGUUUAUUCCUCGGAAAUGCUUGCGAACCGGACAUUGACUUGGACAGACUGGUCACACGGUGGUGCUCAUCCAGAUACUUUUGGAGAAGAUGAUAUAACAGAGAGGUUCCUCAAGAAGCUUCCAAGAUCUCAAUCUUGCUUCUACAAUGACCAGCCAUCACAAGUUUGUUAUCUCUUUGCAAGAAAGUUUUCGCCGAGCGCAUUGGAGCCUUUACUCAAACUUGCACCAAAGGUUCUUGGAUUCUAA